UAGGCAGUCGUUUCAAGAUCUGAUGCGGCAGUCUUUGUGCGCACCGUCCCCGCUUGAGCAUGAAGCGUAACCCUGUGGAAUACACACUGUAAUUCGGAGGAGCUUUGCCUUGUAGAGGAAAACUGUUUAAAAAAGACGGAGCCGAAGCAAAGUCGCGCAACUUUGUGAAAACGUAGCGGAUACGGACAGGAGGCAUGGCAGACCAUCUCAUGAUGCCCAUGAAUCACAGCUCAGCGGGCGCCAGUCUCCACGGUUACAGGAUGGGCAUGAACGGCCUGCAGGCAGGUCACCAGCAACAUGCCAACCAGCAGGGCAUGCGGGCACUGCCCAAUGGCCAGAUGAUGCACUACGGUGGUGCCCAGGCCAACAUGGAGACCGCCAUGAGGCAACGACAGGGCAUGGUGGGUGGACCCAUGAAUGGACAGCUGAAUGGGGCGCAGAUGGGUCACCACCAGAUGACCUCUGGUAACAUGAUGUAUAAUGGCCAGCUGCAGCAACAACAGCAUCACCCUCAGCAGCAGCAGCAGCAGCAUCACAUGCAUCCGCAGCAGCACCAGCAACAAGCCCAGCACCCACACCCACAGCAGCAGCAGCAGCAGCAGCAACAACAACAACAGUUCGUGAAUGGCGGGUUAACAUCUCAGCAGCUCAUGGCCAGCAUGCAACUGCAGAAACUCAACACCCAGUACCAUGGACACCCACUGGGGCCUAUGGCCGGGAACCACAUGGGGCCCACGACCCAGUACCGCAUGAACCCAGCCCAGCUGGCUAACAUGCAGCACAUGGCCGGACCAGCACUGGCCCUGAACGGUAUGGAUGCAGAUAUGAUCGACGAGGAGGUCCUGACCUCCCUGGUCAUGGAGCUGGGCUUGGACCGGGUCCAAGAGCUGCCAGAACUCUUUCUUGGCCAGAAUGAGUUUGACUUCAUCUCAGACUUUGUCAGCAAACAGCAGCCCAGUACCGUUAGUUGCUGAGAGGAACUGGUUUGUGAAGGCGAACAAAUGGAGACAGCGGAGUGAGAAUUGCCCAGGAUGGCAGAAGAGUGCUCAUCUCUUUACUUUUUAUUUUGUGAGCACCUCUCUGUACGACCAUGCCGAGUUGCAGCACAAGGUGCACAGAAGAGAACUCUGGAUAUCCACAGUGAACGCACAGUGCUCGAGUCUCACGUGUGCUGGUGGCCAGAGGAUGGUUGGCUUUAAGGCCUAGUUCCACCUCUCACAUUUCCUGGACAUGAAUGUAAUAAAGUAAUGCUGAAAUUGUCAAAAGCCACUCUGAACAAUGCUAUGACACUGUGUUUCCUCCAAGCCUGGACUCCAUGACAGUUUACCAGUAAAAAGGUGUAUUUUAUUUAUUCCUAUCUGAGAAAACUGAUAUAAAGAACAACCACCAUCUCCAUUUUGGAGUCCAAGUGGUUUUAAUGAUUUUUGAGAUUGAGACGGGGAAGAAAAUCGAAUUUAAGUUCUCUGCUCAUUAAUUUUUCCCCCCAUUCUAUUUGGCCUAAUAUUAAAAAUAAGCUCCGAUGACAAGGUCAUUUAAACAGAGCCUACAUUUGAUAUUACAAAGGUCAGACAUGACAGAAGUACAAUGUUAAACAGAUUUUAAAAAUGGUUCACUUUUGAAAAAGUGGCCUUUUUUAGAUGUGAUGUUCUCAAAAAUCUACUGCUUGUACUGUAUGAAGCUGUAUAACUCCAACAUGUCCACACUGUUGUGUUCUAUUGGAGAUGUAGAACCGCCUUAAUCGCGCAGAUUCUUAUUUAUUGGUUGUUUAUAUUGUCCCCUUUUUUUGUGGUCAAGAUGGGGGGAUGGUCUUUGUGAAAGGGGUUUUGAGGAUCAAUAAAGAUGGCCUGGAUAGAAGUGUGGCCUGCUUUUCCAUUCAUUGCACAGUUCUUCCCCCGGGCAGUGAAAAGCUAGCUAAGUGCUUAGGUUAACCUCUGGGUGUAGGGAGACCUCAGUUUCUUUCAAGUCUGGGAUGGAAACAUUAAACAGAUACAAUAUUUAUGCUGUUUGUGAAGGAUACGUACUCUAGCCUGUACCUCCUGGGUUUUCAGUAUCAUAGCUCCUUAAUUUGCCCUUUUCAGACAGUUAAGAGAAGGCAAAGUGUCACUGAUGACAACUGGAUUGACAUGGUGAUAAUUACAUGUUUCUCUGCCAGUUAGCAAAAGAAAAGCUGUAUUAUAUAUCAUUGUACAUCUUAUAUGAUAUCUCAGGUAGUGAUAUCCAUGUGAAAUCUGCUGCUCAACGGUUUUAUUCAUGUGAUUAGCUAAAUAAAUGCCACACACUGACAUUACAGGUGGUGAAAAGAUUUCCUAUAAUGACAAAAUCAUCCAUCAAAGGGAAGCAGGCUUACAGAAGCAACAUUUAAAUAACACUGGAUUCUCUGCAGCACAACAAACAUUUGUUUCUUUGCUGUGUGUAAAGAGUAACUUGUGUGAGGUUGGGGGAGGUGAAAAUGACCAAAGAAUGCUUACCUUGAUGGGGGUUUAACUGACUUAAGGCUUGUAAGCCCUGAGUCAAAGAAGGUUGGUGCCUUUUCCCAGCUCACCAGCUCAGUAUAUCGUCAGAGAAACAGAGUAUUGUCCUUUAAACAAUAACUUUGAACAAAUGAGUUACACAUAUUCAAAACAAACCCUCUCCAGUCUAAGCCAUGGUCAGUUGGGGUAAAACAAUUUUCCUCAUACCGUAUAAUUGAAAUUCAUUAUGAAAUUAGGCUGAAGGGGUUUUCUGGGGUUGCUGAGUUUGUUGGAUUGUUUUGUGCCUCCGGGCUCUGAAAAUGGUUGAUUGAGGUCAUGUUGGGAAUGUCAUCACCGCAUUUAGCUUUUUCACAUUGUCAACAAAGGCAUCUUUAGUGGCAUCAUGAGUAACAAGGGGAAAAUGAGAGCACUGUUGUUGUUCGUAACCAGGAAUAGCCAUUGCUGAUUGCUCAGUUUUUGAGUCAACUCUGCUCCUAAAGCAGCCUCAUCUCUUUUCAUUUAUCCACUUGUGUUCAAGAGGAUGUGCUUUCAAUACCAAUUUGAAACAUGGUAUCAUAGGUGAUGCAUGCACUCUGAAAUAUGCUCAUAAAUGCCAGUUUGUUUCAAGUCACAAAGACUUGCUUAAGGGUGUACGUGUGUGUAUAUUUUCUUGGCUUAAUACUGUCAUGAGAAUGGCUCAUAAGUAGGCCAACAGCCUUGGCACAGUGCUUAGUAACGGUUGCAGAUCUCUUGCCCAGUGCCAAUCUGGUGAGAUGGUCUUCUGGUGAGUGGCACAUGGGGCAUGCUGGCAUACUGUCAGAACUGUGUCUCCUCAUAUAUCUCAUAAUUGUAUGCUGCACUGUGAGCUCCUUGUUUAGCCCCAAUUAAAUGCAGAUGUUGUGUUACUUGAUUGUGACUCCAUAGACAAAUGGCUAACUAUGCGAAACAGCACUGUUUGCUCUCCCAAUCCCUUGUUAUGACUGCCGCCUGCCUCACAGAGGCCAGUCUAGACGCAGGCUAAGCAGGGUGGGACGCUCAGAGACGUUUACAGUCAGUUCUGUUUUUCUUACUCUCUCGUUUUUAGCCCACCCACAGAAACUGUUCAACACAACAGUGUCUUCCUGUGGCAGCUUGCUGUUUUCUCAAUAUAAGUCAGAGACCAAAAGCCACAUUAUGACAGAGAGGCAGACGUGCAAAGUGAAAGAGACAAAAGAUAAAAAGAGGGGAGAGAAAAUGUAAGGAUCUCUCCCGUUUACAAUUAGAAAUUAGUUGGAGGGUUUUUUGUUCUCGUGCACGGGGAUUUCUUAGCUGGGUUUUCCCUCAACACUUUUAUGAUUCCAAUGAAAAGCCUUCAAUAAACAUAACGUGAGGUAUGCUAAAUGCAAUCCAGUUAACUUUUCUCUCUUCUGUGCCACAUCUGUAUAUGAAUUAUAUACAACUAUGCAACCAGUGUUGGCUAAUUUUCUUUUUUUCCAUGCUUUGGUCCAGCUCAUGGUAAUCUCAGGCACUAGUGCCAAUGACAGAUAAGUGUUCAUUU